AUGAGAGCUCCGCCGCCGCCGCCGCCCCCACCGACGACGUUGCCUGUACUCCUAUCCCUCCUGGUUCUGAGCGCAGUGUACCAUCAUGUUGCUGCAUCAAAUGCCAAUGAUACUUACCCAGAAAAAAAUGACUUGUUUUCUGGGGACCAUAGUGCAGAUGGGUUCGAACUAUCUUCAGGAAGUGAAUUAUCCUCAGGGACUGAAUAUGACUACUCUGAAGAAUAUGAGGAAGACCCACAACUGUCUGGAUAUAUCAUAGAUGAUUCAAUCAGAGUUGGACAUUUGGUUAAACCCAAGACAAAUAGAACAGAAACUGAAAAACCCUCCAAGACAACCCGAAGAAAGAAAAACAAAGGCAAAAAGAGAAAACACAAAAAGAUGGUUAAUCCAUGUGAUGCAAAAUACAAAAAUUUCUGCAUUCAUGGUGAAUGCAAAUACAUAGAAAGCCUCGAAGCAGUAACUUGCAAGUGUCAUCAGGAUUACUUCGGUGAACGCUGUGGAGAGCAGUCAAUGAAGACCCACAGUAUAGGAGAUGGAGAUCACUCCAUCACAGUACUGGCUAUUGUGACAGCCCUUCUUUCUGUCCUUUCCUUCUCAGCAAUUGUCAUCAUUACCAUUCAGAUUCGGAAAGUACAAUCCAAUGUUCAUGACCAAGAAGCUGAAGAAAGAAAACAUCUCCAACAAGAAAAUGGAAAUGUGCCCAUUAGUGUAUAG